AGAAAUACCAGCUCGGUGCAAGCUGACAACACCCCAAGUUUCCUGAUCUGAUUACAUUGUAAGUUUUCCUGUAAAAUCUUAACACAUAGAAGAGAUCACUUUUAUCAAGUUUAAAGGAAAUGUAUGGGUUCAGGAGCUACACCUUAACAUGAAGUUGGUAAUAUUUCCAUUCCUUUUGCGUAUAAACCCCUCCUGUAAUUGUGUAACUGUACUCUACACAUAACAGUUCAAAGUUGCUUCUAUUCAGCUUUACACACAUCUUGCUGACUGUAGGGUUGUCUAUAUUGCGUUUCUGGUGCUUCAGCUAAGGAACUUUUUUUAAAAGUAGGUAAUUUGCUAUACAAGUUGAAGAUGUGGAACAUAAAACUCAGUUUAUUAUUGUCAAGCAUUUUCGUCUGUGGAGUCACUAUAAGAAUUGUCAGUGGAAUAGCUCUCCAAUGUGACGAGAAAAUAGAUUUAUGUAAAAUUAACUGUUUGACUGGUAAUAUUGAUGAUGACGUUAAACUUGAAUGUGCUGAUCUGCCAAAAAAUAACUCUCUCGUUCAUAUUCUUCAAUUGGACUUUAAAAAACUUAUUGGUUUGCAAGUCCAACACUCCGACUUGACAGAUCUAAAGCAUUUCGCACACACAAAACUUGAACACCUUCAAUCGCUGACUUUUAUAAAUUCGAAAUUCAACCUAAGUGUGCUGUGUGAUAUCACGGAAUCAACUCCGUAUUUAACAAAUCUUACCAUAAUACAAGAAAAUAUUCAGGAGCUGAAAGCAAAAUACUUCGAAAAAUGUAAAGUAAACUUAACAACUUUGUUAAUGAACGAAAAUAAGAUGAACGAAAUCGAGAACGAUGCUCUCGAGAUUUUUUCGGAAUAUUUAACAAAUCUUAAACUUCGUGAUAAUAAAUUCAUUCAAGUUCCACAAGCAUUACAACAUCUUCGUAAACUUCAGACGCUUGAUCUUUCCAAUAACAAAAUCAAAUCAGUCUCGAAUCAAGAUUUUCUUGCACUGAAUGGUCUGAAGAGCUUGCAAAAACUAGAAAUGAAUGAACUCGACUGCAAGUGUGGGCUUGAAAAGGAAGUUUUCUUCCAAUGGGUCACAAAUAAAAAGUUUCCAGAAGUAACGUGUGCCAGUCCAAAGAGACUGCAGUUCAAGAAACUUGCUCAUCUCACGAAAAAGGAUUUGUGUGAUAAUGCUGCCCAAACCAAUGCUAUGGUGUCUUCAGUAGUGGUUUUUUUUAUAAUAGUUAUGAUUCUUAAUUAAAAAUGCAAUGGUUGUAAUUACAUAAGGUUUCAAAUGAGACUAUUCUGAACCCAAACUAAGAUACAGAGAUGAUAUUUAUAACUUUUAAUAUUUUUCACAAAAAAGUGCAAUAUAUUGAAUUAAAUACAUAUACAUUUUUUUCAUGGCUGUUUCCCUUUCAAUUUAGAUUUUUAUUGUUGUCAUUAAAUGUAGUUUAUUAAAUAUAACAGUAAAUAUACUAACAGUGCCAUAUUUCUUGUUUUCUGUAUCAUAACUUGUGCAAAUGUAUGUAUUAAAUCAAAAA